UUUAUGAGAAAUGCUCUUGUGGGUGUGUGGAAUACCAUCAAUGAAUAUUUCAAGGUGUUUGAACUGUUAGCAUCUGAAAAAGGUUCAAACCAAAAUUAUGAAGAUAAUAAAAAGAAGUCAUCAGAUCUUGAGUUUGAAAGGACUAAAGAGAAAAUAAAGGUGGUGGGUUAUUCAUUUGGAUUGAAACCUGAAGAUUUAAUCUCAAAUGGGAUUAUUAAUGAAAUAGAACUCGAAAGAAAGUUCCCAAUCUUCUACAACAAUUUAAUCAAAGUUGGACUGGUUAAGAAAACCAAGAUCAUAAAAUAUGUUGAAAUGUCAGAGGAUACUUGUGCAUUUAUUAAUAAUUUUUUUAAAUACAACAAAGUUGAAGUUCCACUUUCUGUUGGACUUGAACAAAGCUUUUAUCAUGAACUGUUGGGUAUGAUGCUCAAAAU